AUGGCACCAUCGAACAAUAUUGCUGAUGAUAAGGACGAGCAUACAGUUCGGGAAAUAAAUGAAUUAUGCACUCGUUUCAGUAAGAGGCACAUUGAUGUGAAGUGCGUGGGUCGUUGUGAUAUGGGACUAGGUGAUGUUACUCAUCAUAACGUGGAGCAGUUAAGACGGCUUAAUCAAGCAGUUUUCCCGGUUGCUUAUAAUGAUAGGUUUUAUAAAGAUAUAGUGACAGCCGGGGAAUUAGCAAAAUUAGCAUAUUUCAAUGAUAUUGUUGUGGGUGCAGUAUGUUGUCGAAUUGAUGUGCAAGAUGGAAUUCGUCGACUUUACAUUAUGACUCUUGGCACUUUGGCACCUUACAGACGACUUGGAAUUGGAACAUUGUUGUUAAAACAUGUCUUUACCUUAUGUGAGAAAGACUCUGCAAUCGAUAAUAUAUAUCUUCACGUGCAGGUUUGCAAUGAAUCUGCGUUGGACUUUUACAAGCGAUUUGGUUUUGAAAUCGUUGGAACAGCAGAAAAGUACUAUAAAAGAAUCGAACCAGAUAGUGCAUAUAUUCUAAUGAAGAAAAUUGAUCGAGAAGUUCGUGAAUAUUUGUUAUAA